CGGUGCCACAACCUGUGAAUCACCUGCGGACGCCUCGUCGGAGCGGUUGGUGCGCGUGUGCCAUACGCGGGCAAUGGAAUUGACGUCACACACCUAUAAGAGCAGCUGAUCCGACAUCUACAGAACUCAGGAGUACAUGUGCAUUGCUUAAUUCUUGGAGCGUCGACAUUUUGGCCUUAAUCAUUUCUCGUUCGGAACACGUCCAUGGCUUCGGAGUUGUUGUUUGCGCUGGACUCGCACAGCUAUAUUGACGAAGCGAGGCAUGGAUUUCUGGAUAGUGGUUCAAAGCUGGUCGCGCUGGGGUCAAGCGUUACUGUCAAAUUGGUACAACAAUGCAAUCCCGAUGUUUGGCGAGACUCCGAAGAGUCAAAGCUGCAGUCGAUGGUUCGCGAGCUCCUGUCCAAGCUGCAGCAGCGCACAGAGCCUGGAGAAGUCGCUGGGCUGCUGCCAGCCUCCAGCGCCUCUCGCUGCACGGCACUUAAGGAGCUCUGUCUCACGCUGCGGUCCCAAGGCCUGGACGCACGUAUGAUGCUGCCCAUUCCCCAUCAGGAGUUGGUUGUUGGAGAGACGGUUUCGGAGCCUGCAGUGGAUGACGGUGAGGUGCUGCUGGUGGAGCCGGGUCUCCGGGAGAUGUUCCGGAUCGCGCCCUCCACUCCCGAGUACGCCGCCAUCGUGGAGCAGCUCCCGCAGGUGUGGGUCGGACCCCGCGAGCAGCUUUUGGACCUGGCUGAACGCAUGUGUGGAGCCAUGGCCGUCAAUUUUAGGUUGGUGGGCGGGUAUCGGAUUAUGAGCCAGGGUUUGGACGUUCCCCCCUGGCGGCGACGUACGGCAGUGAUGUCCCGCUGGCAGCUGUCUCACCAGACCGAGGUAAAGCUGGGGGUACAGCAGCAGCAGCAGCAGGUGGAAGACGUGUGUGGCAGAUGUGGGCAUCAGCGGCCGGUGGACAGUCAACAUCAGCGCAUGAGCCAAGUACCUCAGCCCCGGGGAGGGGAGCGAACGCAGCCGGCGAUGAACCCCUGGCUCGACCUGCACACGCACCUCACCACCUCGCCCAGCAAGUGCGGCCCAGCAAGGGCGGAUACCCCGUCCACGCCGACGACGAUGACGCAGUUGCUGCAGUUGCAGCUGCAACGUCACGAGCGGGCUCAGCGGGAGGCGGCUGCGGCUGCGGCGCCGGCAGCUGUCUCGUGCUCGUCGUCGUCCUCGUCCUCAUCGUUGACGUCGCUGUCCUCGUGGGUGCGGCCACCAGCAGCAGGAGCGGGUCGGCAGCCCUGGGAGCUUCAGGACGGAGAGGUGCUCCGAAACCCGUGGAGCUGCCGACCCGAGCUUGCAGUUAGUCCGACGGGCAACCGAGGCCCUAACCGCCCGGUGGUUGUGUACGGCUUUGACUUGCGGGGCCCAGCACGUGCUGUGUAG